GCGGGCGGCACGGCCUCGGCCUAUGUGACUGGGCAGCGCCUGCGCGGCCCCGCUCGGGAGAGGUUUCAAAAUGACCAACGAGGAACCUCUUCCCAAAAAGGUUCGACUGAGUGGAACGGACUUCAAAGUAAUGGCACGAGAUGAGUUAAUUCUAAGGUGGAAGCAAUAUGAAACGUAUGUGCAAGCUUUGGAGGGCAAGUACACAGAUCUUAAUUCUAAUGAUGUAACUGGCUUAAGGGAAGCUGAAGAAAAACUAAAGCAACAACAGCAAGAGUCUGCUCGCAGAGAAAACAUCCUUGUAAUGCGACUAGCAACCAAGGAGCAAGAGAUGCAAGAGUGUACUACUCAGAUCCAGUACCUCAAGCAAGUCCAGCAGCCCAGUGUUGCCCAACUGCGAUCGACUAUGGUAGACCCAGCAAUCAACUUGUUUUUCCUAAAAAUGAAAGGCGAACUGGAACAGACUAAAGACAAACUGGAACAAGCUCAAAAUGAACUGAGUGCCUGGAAGUUUACGCCUGAUAGAGGCCUGAUGGCGACGGACUAUUCCGAAGAAGUGGCCUCCUCCGAAAAAUUACCCUUCUAGAACAUGUAGACACUUGAGAGAACAGUUUCUGUUUGAAGAAAAUACAGGGAGAAACAGAAGUCUUAAGUCUGUGGCACACUGUGUCUUCAGACAGUUUGGAGGAAUGAAAACCUAGAGAUUUAAAAUCCUGAAUUGAACAUGUAAAAUUGCAGUAAAAUGUAAAAACAGAAAAUGCAUCGCUCUUACUGUUGAGCAUAGUGACUUAGAGACACUGCUUAUCUGCUUUGCCGAUAAGACUGUGGACUUCGUGCUUGUUGGUGGACUUCUUGGUCAAAACUCAAUUGGGGUGAAUUUUGCCUCUAAAGGUUUACUUGCUAAGAACUAACUUAACAGUCGUGAGAGAAUCAAACAAUAGAUGUCAGUACAAAUAGUUCAUUUACUUAACCAUCUCCUUUGGGGCUCCCUUACUUGAUGGAGCCUUAAAUCAAUGUGGUUUUUAAUCAAUGGUUUGUUCUUUGAAUGGUUGCGAAAACUGUAGAUAAUCAUCGAGGACUGUACAAAUAUGAAGGUGUGGUAUCAAAUCAGGUUUAAACUGUUUGAAGCAUUAAAAUCAUUCAUUUCACAAGUAGAUU